GCCCGGGGGCUGAAGGGACCCGGCUGGCGGCGUGCGGGCUCGUACCCUGGGCUCUUCGGCCUCCGCCUCCCCUCCGUCGCCUUGCACCCCGCGCCCUGCCGCCCGCCUGGUUCUCGGCCCAGGGCUUCGCGGGGAAGGGAGAGCAGACGGCAAGGGAAGCGUGGGGUUCGCGGAGGAUCGUCGAGGUUCCUGCCGGAGGAACCGCCCCGCCGCAGUCGAGGUAGCUUCCGUGCCCUGUCCCGGCCGGGCCUGGGGCCCCUCGGAGCCCAGACCGCCGCCUGCGCGCGUCCCCACCUGGCGGGGACGAAGGUGUUCGGCCCGAAGGACGAGCCCGGGGGUGUUGGCAAGCUGUUUGUACUGAAAAGAACUCAAACAGGGCUCUUUUUGGAUGAAGAUCAUUAUAAGCCCGAUAACUCUGCAAUUUACUCAUGCAUCUUCCAGUACUCUAGAUUUCUCUCAGUAGAGAGAAAUACAGUAAGUCCCUCACAAGUGAGUUGCAUUCUGGGAGAAGGUUCAGACAAAGUAUCAAACUCAUGACCUCAGGCUUGCCAGGCUAAUAGAUACUAUUAUGAAAACUUGUUCAGCCAGGUGUGGUGGUGCAUGUCUGUAAUCACACAGCUCUGGAAGCUGAGGCAGGAGGAUUGCUGUGAGUUUGGGGCCAGCCUGGGCUACAAGGAGCAUAUUUGUCAUACUUUCGGAACAGUUUUGUCGCCGUGACUGAUGGAGAACAGUGUGCAUGGCUGGCAUGGUUUGGAAACUUGGUUUUUUUUAGCCAGUGAUGGAAUCCAAAGGAAUCCUUUAUCAGAGUCCUCACCUCCGACAGGAAAGAAUCUUUUGCUAGAUUAUGGAUCCAUGAUUGUAUAAAGGAAGAUUGGGAAGAUUUAUUUUGGCGCAAAGUAACUGUGUGAUUUGGAUGCUUGGACCUUCAUCUACCAAAUUCUGCUUCAUAUUUGGAGACGAGUAUGCGUUGAGAAAACUACAGAAAUAGAUUCGGUGGGAGGCAGACACUCGGCCUCCCAAGGAGCUAUCCGCGGUCUCUCUGCAGUCUACAGUAUUUGGGCAAAGACCAAUUUUUGUCUGUUUUAUGGCACUGCUCUGAUUCCCUCCUUCCCCACACAACCUUCCCCUGAAAACUGAACUGUAUGCUGCUGCUGACAGCAGUUUCAGUAAUUCUCAGAAGACUGAAACAUUUGAGUUUCAUUCUCUCUCUGCAUGUUUGUCUAUAGAUUUAAAAUAUCCUAAAAGUUACUAAAACAAUGCUUAUUUGGUAACUAUUACAACUGCUAGAACAUCAUUUCCUCAAUUUUACCAACCCCCUGUGCAAAAAUGUUUCUUUUGGGUAUUGCUUCAUUGCUAAAGGCAAAAUAAAAAAGAAUUGUGAUGACAAA